AUGGUAUCCUUUGACAUUACUGGAAGAAGACUUAGUUGGAGUCACUUGACCAAGAUGACCAUGGCUUGUGCAAGAGGCUUCCAUGAGGUGCUCUCGGUGCUUUUGUUGGGGAUGUGUCUCCUCACUUCUGCGCAGGAGUUUGUGGGUCCAGCCGGCCCACCAGGCCCUGCUGGUGUCCCAGGAAUCGAUGGAAUUGCCGGGGAAAGUGGUGAAAAUGGAGAAGAUGGUUCUGCAGGACUUGAUGGUGAUCCUGGGAAACCUGGUUCUGCUGGACUUCCUGGAUUGCCUGGAGAUGAUGGUUUGACUGGUCCCACAGGAGAUGCAGGCCCAGGUGGCCCCACUGGACAGAAGGGAGAGCCAGGGAAACCUGGACCUCGGGGAGAAGCUGGUAUUGGGUUUGAUGGACCACUGGGACCACCAGGGCCUGGUGGACUUCCAGGUGACCCUGGUGAAGUUGGCCCUCCUGGAGCCAUGGGUGCCAGGGGGCCAGAAGGACCCCGUGGGCCACCAGGACCUCGUGGUGCUGCAGGUAUACUGGGUGGGACAAUGGAACUGUGCCCCAAUGCAUGUCCACCUGGCACACCUGGUUCCCCUGGACUACCUGGCAUGAAAGGCCACAAAGGUGUGAAGGGAGAGGCUGGUGAACCUGGUAAACAGGGACACAUGGGAGAAGUGGGAGACCAAGGUGCCCCUGGAGAGGUUGGAGCCUAUGGCCCGACAGGUCCACAGGGAAUUCGAGGUGCCACAGGAAUUAUCGGUCCCAAAGGGAAGAUGGGACCUCAAGGUAAUGAUGGGGAUCCAGGUCCUCAGGGGGUUGUAGGUGCCACUGGUGAUCAUGGCCAGAGGGGGUUAAUGGGAGAGUCUGGUCCGAAGGGAGAACAAGGACCCCAGGGACAAAGAGGCAUCACUGGUCUUCCAGGGCCAAAGGGUGAGAGUGGUUUACCUGGUGUAGAUGGGCAUGAUGGAAUUCCUGGAUUACCUGGAGUUAAGGGAAGCCCUGGGAAACCUGGAAACCCUGGAGAGGUUGGACUUCAAGGACUACCUGGCUUACCUGGGGCUACAGGAUCAAAGGGAGCUGCUGGUGAAAAGGGCAAUGCUGGACAGUUAGGCCUUAUUGGAACUACAGGAUCUGCUGGAAAGCCUGGAGAACGUGGAGAACAGGGAGAAGUUGGACCUGUUGGCCCUAUUGGUGGUCCUGGAGAUAGAGGCGAGCCAGGGUCACCUGGACCUAUGGGGAACCUAGGAGUCAGAGGCUCUAAAGGUGAUCUUGGUCUGCCUGGACUUCCUGGAUCCCCAGGCACACCUGGAGAGAAAGGAAACAGGGGGGACCCUGGUGAAUUUGGCUCUAAAGGAGAACAGGGAGAGCAAGGUGCAGAAGGAACCCCUGGAGACAAAGGAAAUGUUGGGGAGCCUGGAGAGCCUGGACCAAAGGGAGCAACUGGUAAUCCAGGAGAACCAGGAACCAGAGGUCCUGAGGGUGCCCGUGGGCAGCCUGGCAUCGAGGGACCCCCUGGUAGUCCUGGACCCCGUGGUGUACAAGGAAACAGAGGAGCUCCAGGUCCUCAUGGUUCUCAGGGCCCAGCAGGGAAAGGACCAGGUGAUCAACACAUCAAACAAGUUUGUAUGAGAGUAAUGCAGGAGCAACUGGCCUUGCUAGCUGCCAGUCUGAGGAGACCUGAAUCUGGAUCUAUUGGUCUGCCUGGUAGACCUGGGCCCCCUGGUCCUCCUGGUCCCCCAGGAGACAGUGGCUUCCCUGGACAAGCUGGUGCAAGAGGACUCCCUGGCCUCAAAGGACCUCCUGGAACAAUGGGCCUCAAAGGGCCUAAAGGUGAAAUUGGAGACAGAGGAGAUAGAGGGCAAACAGUACGAGGUCCAAAAGGAAUGCCAGGACCACCUGGCCUGCCAGGUGAGCCUGGUAAGCCAGGUUAUGGUCAAGAUGGUCAUGAUGGAGGAAGUGGUUUACCAGGCCUUCCUGGACAGCCUGGGGUUCCUGGGCCUCCUGGCCCUGCUGGACCUCCUGGUUACUGUGACCCAUCAGCAUGCAACUUGAGCAUGGGUACUGCUUCCCAGUCCCUCACAAAUUAUGACCUGAAAGGGCCAGCUGGAUACUGA